UGGAGGCUGAAACGGCUCGAUCCUAAACCAAAGCGCUCUCAGCUGGAUUGGCCGCUGUUCUCACGUGUCUGACCCACUUGAGCUCGGUGGCUUUGCUGAGCCUGAGCAUCCUGACCCGUCCUGUACCACCCUGCGCUGAGACGCUGACCAAGGAGACAUUAAAAACAUUAAAAACCAAACAUCCCGUCUGUCUGCCGUCCCAGCGAGAGGGAACAAGCCUGGAUCGCCCCGUUUGGACCCGCUCGGACAGCCUGCAGUCAUGAUGCCGAUGAUUAUCCCGGUGUUCCUGAGUGAUAACGAGCAGCUCCUGACGGAGGUGCCCAUCACGGCGGAGACGCUGUGUAAGGACGUGGUGGAGUUCUGUAAGGAGGCCGGAGAGAGCGGCUGCCACCUCGCUGAAGUGUGGAGAGGAAACGAGAGAGCAAUCCCUUUAGAUCAUCCGAUGCUUGAGCACCUGCAAAAAUGGGGUCAGAGGAGGCAGGAGGUGAAGUUUUACCUGCGGCAUGAGGAUCCACCUGCCAAGGCGAGCGAGCAGGGAGGUCAGCCGGCGGACCAGGCCAGCAGGAAGAGCAGAGGGAAGAUGGAGCAGCCCUGUGAGAAUGGGGUGGGGAAUCCUCGUGUGGAGCUGACGUUGUCCGAGCUGCAGGAGAUGGCCAUUCGGCAGCAGCAGCAGAUAGAAUCUCAGCAACAGAUGCUGGUGGCCAAGGAGCAGCGUUUGCGGUAUCUGAAGCAGCAGGACCCUCGGCAGGCUGCGUGUGAGCCGGAGAAGCUGCAGAAGCUCAGAGAGCGGGUGGAGAGUCAGGAGGCGAAGCUGAAGAAAAUCCGCGCCAUGAGGGGUCAGGUGGACUACAGCAAGAUCAUCAACGGCAGCCUGUCUGCAGAGAUAGAGCAUGUGAGCAAUCUGUUCCAGGAGAAGCAGGCAGAGCUGCAGCGCGCGGUGCUGAAGGUGGAUCAGCUCACACAGCAGCUGGAUGACCUUCGGCACGGACGUCUUAACGGCCUGCAGCCUGUGGGGGCGCCGCUGAGUGGGACGGCCGCGGUGGAGCUCCGAAAACUCUACCAGGAGCUACAGAUCCGGAACAAACUCAAUCAGGAACAGAACAGUAAGCUGCAGCAGCACAAGGACAUGCUGAAUAAACGCAACCUGGAAGUGACCAUGAUGGACAAACGCAUAGAGGACCUGAGAGAGAGGCUGUACAAGAAGAAAGCUGAGUUGGGUCGGGUGAGUGGUCCUCCCUCUCCACAGCCGGCUCCUGUUAGCUCUGGUCGAGUUGCGGCUGUGUUUCCAUAUAUCCAGGUCCCGGCAAUGGGGAGGCAGGAAGGGGGUUACACUUUACCCCCGGACCCCCUCAAACCACACAUGCUCUCUGCCCCGAUCAACCACACUCGAUCUAAAUCAGAGGACGAUGGGGUGAGGAAGCCUGCAGGCCCGUGGAAGGUCUCAGACUUAGACAUCAUAGUGGACCCUGUGGUGGCCUCCGCUGAGCCCAGAGAGGGGCCCGGGUUCCCCUCAGGCUCCGACUGUGCCUCCUCGAAUGAUGCGAACUGGCCUUCCUUCACCAAAAGCAAAGCUCCAGACUGGAAGGACACCAGCCGAGACCCGGGCAGCAUGGCCGCCGGCGAGAAGGAUUCCCCCAAACUGCUGGGGACAGUAACAGCCUUGUCCAGACAGCCGGCCCCCAUCUACGGCACCUACCCCAGUGCGGGUCACCACUCUACAGUCUGUGCCACCAGCUCCCUGCCCCGUUCUGCCCCGGGAACACUGUCCUGGCAGAGAGCGCCCCCUGCCUGUGGAUCCUCCUCACAGCAGAUCCAGCAGAGAAUCACGGUGCCACCCAGCCCCACCUCCACCUCCUCCCUCUUCCCCCAGGCCGACAGAACCGAUCCCCUGCUGGCCGUCGCCGUCCGGCCUUUCGUUCCGGACCGGGGGUCUCGACCCCAGUCCCCUCGGAAAGGUCCCGCCACCAUGAACUCCAGCUCCAUCUACCACAUGUACCUGCAGCAACCUGCGUCCAAAAACUACUCCAGCACCGGCAGCAGAGCCGCAGUCAAAGCAGUCUAUGGAAAGCCAGUGUUGCCGGGCUCUGCUUCCCCCUCCCCCGUACCCUUCCAGCAGCAGACCUCCAGAGAUGAAACUGACCGGGACGCCGAACCUGAGGCCACCCCACAUCCUCCGCCGGCCGUGGAGAACAUCCCCCGCCCCCUCAGCCCCACCAAACUGACCCCGGUGGCCCACUCACCCCUGCGCUACCAGAGCGAUGCUGAUCUGGAGGUGCUGAGGAGGAAGCUGGCCAAUGCUCCCCGGCCGCUGAAAAAGCGGAGCUCCAUCACGGAGCCCGAGGGUCCGAGCGGGCCAAACAUCCAGAAGCUUCUCUACCAACGUUUCAACACCCUGGCUGGUGGUAUGGAGUCUAAUGUGAGCGCUCCACCAUUUUACCAACCAGACAGCCCACUAAGCCUCAUGGGCUUGGACACUGCUAAUGGGAGUUUGCUAGAAACAGGUGACCUCGCAGCUCCUUUAGCGGAAGCAUCCGCUCCGGACCCCGAACCGGCCUCGUCAUCACCCACGGCUGAUGCCAAUGAAAACCGACUGGCGCAUCCAGGCGGUCAUACAGAAUCCCCUCAGCUCGCAGACACCUCAGCGUCCGCUCCUGAAGACAGCCCUGAGGACGGUCAUAACCAUAAUCAGAAUAAUCAGUCUGAAGGUGCAGACACGCAGUCCAGCCCAGCGCCGGAAACCCACUCACCUGCAGAGGAGGAAACCACAGAGCAGCCGGGCGGUGCCGCUUCGGUAAAACGGACCAACCUGAAGAAGCCUGGCUCGGAGAGGACAGGUCACGGCCUGAGGGUGAAGUUCAACCCACUGGCGCUGCUUCUGGAUGCUUCCCUGGAGGGCGAGUUUGACCUGGUGCAGAGGAUCAUAUAUGAGGUGGACAACCCCAGCACUCCUAACGAUGAGGGCAUCACGCCGCUCCAUAAUGCCGUGUGCGCUGGUCACCAUCACAUAGUGAAGUUCCUGCUGGACUUUGGCGUCAACGUGAACGCAGCAGACAGCGACGGAUGGACGCCCCUGCACUGUGCGGCCUCCUGCAACAGCGUCCAUCUCUGCAAACUGCUGGUAGAGUCCGGCGCGGCAAUCUUCGCCACCACCAUCAGCGACGUGGAGACGGCGGCAGAUAAGUGUGAGGAGAUGGAGGAGGGAUACAUACAGUGCUCUCAGUUCCUCUACGGUGUGCAGGAGAAGCUGGGUGUGAUGAAUAAAGGUGCGGUCUACGCUCUGUGGGAUUAUGAAGCUCAGAGUGCGGACGAGCUGUCCUUCCGCGAGGGAGACGCUCUGACGGUUCUGAGACGCAGAGACGACACCGAGACCGAGUGGUGGUGGGCGAGACUCAACAACCAGGAGGGAUACGUCCCCCGAAACCUGCUGGGGUUGUAUCCGAGGAUCAAGCCCAGGCAGCGUUCUCUGGCCUAGUGGUCAUAAAAGAGAACGCAAGCCUGUUCCUGAGCUCGGUGUGGAGCCGCAGCUGGACGCUCUGCCCUGGCUUUGCCCUCUUCGUGCAUCAGUACCACCCCAGUCACAGAGUCCAGAGGGCACGGCAGAGAGUGGACGGAGCAUGGAGCAUGUGUGGAGACUUUUAUUUAGCUGCCAGAGGAGAUUCGGAAAUCAAUGGGAGCCUGUCUUCAGUCUGCAUCCCUGAUUUUAUUUAUUUGUCGCGUCAGCCGAGUUUACUCUUUCACCCACAUCCCUGUUGAGGAGUCCAGUAGAUUUCCCGUUUCCUUUCCCAGACCGUGCGUGAGUACGUGAGCGUUUUUGUGGGAUGUGAAUGUGAUGACAGUCAGAGAAAGAGGAUGCAGUGUCGAGUUCCUGGUGCGUGUGAGAGUUUCGUGUCCUGGACGGAGGAAACCGCGAGGGACAUGUCUUUCGUCUCCUGCGGUGACAGAGCGGCUGAUUCAGAGAGAAGGAAGGAAGGAGUUAGAAAGUGAACAGAAGGAAACCUUGACGCGAGUGAAAGUUACUGAAAGAUGUAGAGGAAGAGUCCUGGAGUGGAGACAUGCAUGUUUUUAUAUGUGGAGGGGUUUAUUUGUGGGGUUACACUGCAAUGAGUUAUAUUUUGGCAAGUGAAAUCAUCAUAAAUCAUCAAUACGUCUAAUAUUUCUCAUUAUAGUUGUAGGAAUAUUAUUGUUAAAGGGCCCAUAUCAUGGAAAACUCACUUUUUGGAAAUAUUGACGUAUUAAUUUAACAAUGCAAAUUCUGCAAAAUUCACCGUUCAGUCCAUACAGUCCAUAAAUGGAAACUAAGCUGUAAAAGCAGCCAGUUUUGAAUUCACUGUUUUUGUGAUGUCACAGAAAACAGCCUGGACUGCCUUUGAAUGAGGGCAAUAGAUGAACGAGCCAAUCCGAACACAGCUUAUUUACAUAUUUCAGUCUUAAAGGCACGGUAACAAAAACAGCCUGUUUAAUUCUGAGGGAUGGAAAAACCUUUAGUGUUCGGAUUAUUCAGCAUAUCAAGUUAUUCCAGCUACUGAAAUUGUCCUAUUGGCAUAAUAUUUCCCUUGCUUUGAGAAUUAAGGUGGAAAAAAAUCACCAUUCUUUAUUUAAACUUAAUGCACAGAAUAAAAGCAACAAAAAAAUAAUAAAUGAAGAAAAAAAGGCAG